UUCCAAAAUUGACGAGGUUGAACACAAUGCCAUAAGGGCAGCGUGUCUACUUGCUAUAUACAUGAGCAGAGGAUUGCUUGGAUUGCUUGGAUUGCUCGGUACUGAGUAUACUGAUCGUACCGAGUAUACUGAUCGUGUUGAGUAUACUGACCGUGCCGAGUAUACCGAUCGUACCAAGUAUACGUGCCGAGUAUACCGUUCGUACCGAGUAUACUGCUUGUGCCGAGUGUUGCCGACGUGGCCCACUGCUUGGGUCGAUCGAUACUACAGUUCCUCGGCUCCUCUCAUAUUGUUGCGUAGUCCUGUUCGUUCAGUGUUGUUGCGGGUUGCCCUUUGAUUGUAACAGGCACCACCCAUUUGCUUUGCCUGCACCACGCACCUCACAAGUGCCAGACAAGCCCAAUAUGUGUUUCCACUGUGGAGGGACAGGCCUUUGGGCAAGAAAUUGCUUUAAGAGAAGGAACAGUUCAGGAUCAACGCUUACUACUGGUGCAAACUCGAUGUAA